AUGUUUACCCUCUUCUCAAAUCAUCUCCAUCCGCAGCAAUCUUCAUACGCACUUACAAGACUCCUCCAUCCAAACAUGAAUCCCCAGAAAUCCACUCCCGCCCGCAACGCGCGCGCCCCAGCGUCACCACCUACCCAAAUCCCUGCUCCAGCUACCACCGAGCCCUCAGCCUCGACCUCGGCCGAUGUAAAACAAGCCAAAGGGGAUGAUAAGCUGGAAGAUGUCCUCAAGACCUGGUCCGACAGCAACCCCGAGAGAAGAUCUCUCCCCUUUUUGAACGACCUCCACAAAUUUCACGCGUUUGACGAGACGAGGUCACACCUUGAUGAGAUCCUCAAGGGUGAGGGCAAGUUUGCUGCUGCGACUUCGACUCCCAAGCCGGUUGCCAGUUUCCUUUCGCGUCGAGAUAUGAAGCACCUCCGGCCGGAACCUUCUCGUGAGACGCAGUCUUUGCCCUCGACCCCGAUAUCGAAGAAGACCGGGAUUUUUGGUACGGCCGUUGUUGAGCCGACCGCGCCUGGGUCAAAGACUUUUGAUAUCACGCCUUGGAAGAGGGGGUCGCCGCCGACGCCGACGCCGGGCAGGGUCAUCAAGGGGAUGGAGAGGAUGCAGCUUGAUGGUUCUGACAAUCAGGGAAGUGCUCGGGGUUUUUCAACUUCUGGUGAUGUUGCCAUGUCUUCGCCGUUGACCAAACCGAUUCCUGUUCACGGUAAAGGGAAUGAGAAAGGGGAGGGGUCGUCGUCUCUGCUGCUGCCGUUUUUGGAUUUGCCUCUUCCUCCUAUGGGGGUUGUGGGUGUUGAUGAAGUGGGGGAGAGUGCCCACAAAAAUUUCAAGCCGAUUUACACGCAGUCAUAUGUUGAUGGGGUGCUGGAGGCGAUGACGCAUGCUCAUGGGAAUAUUGCGCGGUUGUCACAGGAGAAGAGAGAGGCCGAGGGGAGGCUGGUGGUUUUGGAGGAGAAGAUGAAGAUGUGGCAUGCUAUUGUUCAUGGUCAGGGAUGUCACUGCGUAGAGGGGAGGUGGUGGGGGGAGAUGGAGGAGGGGUUGAUUGAGUUAAGGGGGGGCAAGAAGGAAGGGUCUGGAGGAGCGAAGAACGAUAAGAAAUAUGGAAACAUGGAGAGUGAAGAGAAAACUGAAAUGGGUCGGUUUGGUAUGGAUGGGGCGGGUGAUGGUUUUGAGGACGGUGUUGGGGGUUAUAAAGAGGCUGAGGAUGAGGAGGCUUGGGAUGUUAUUGUCGGGAGUCGUGUUGGUUCACCUGAGAUGGUGUAA